AUGCAUGACUGCGUGGAGGGCAGGGGCAGUCAGCAGGAGGGGGCCUGUGAGAGGCGGGAGGAGAGAGAGCUGUCGGCAUCCUCCGCUUCACGCAUGUUUUGCUGUGUGUAUGUGUAUGUGUAUCCCGCGACGGUUCUGACUGUUGCGAGAGAUCUGGAGAGCACUCUCACGCCUCCCGAGGUGUCUGUGCUGCUGCUGCUCGAACCCUCCCGCCAGAAAACGAAGCGACGGCGGAAGGGCAAUGCGUUUUUCAGCGUUCUCCAGAAAGUGCUUGGUCGAGGCGAUGGCAUUUCCACAGACUCGCAGGAGGAGGGGGAGACGAGGGGGGGAUCGUCUCGGGGAGCGGAUCCCGCUGAAGCCUCCUCUGCAGCAGCAGCGGCUGGUGCCUCGCCGCAAGAGUUGGAAGGGGAUCCUUUUAAGGGCUCCUCAGGAGCAGCUCCGCUAGACGGAGCGGCGGAGAAGACGCAGGGAAGGCAGCAAGACUACAGGAAAAGGCUCGAAAGCAUCAGGGCGUUCAGUCCCGGUGUCUACUUGCGUAUGGAUUCGCAGCUCUUCAGAACGCUCUAUACACCAGACCUUCGCUUGUUGCUGCACUCCUGCGCAGGCAUUGUUGUAGUUGUAAGCCCGCAACGCUGCCUUCUUGUUCUGGGGGAGAGUCUCAACCUGCUCGAUGCAGCAAGGACCAAGGAUCUCCUACUUUCGUCCAAUGUACAGCGGGCAGCGCUCCUGCGUCAAGGGGAAGCCUUCUGCUCGGCAGUUGCUGGAGGAGACAUACAGCAUCCAAAUGUGCUGCUCGAUGUAGAGCUGCAGAAGACAGUUUCGUUCGUCAUUCCUAGGUUGGCUUCGCGAUUGGAGUGCGAGGGGAUUCAGGUGGAUUUGGGAAGCAUUCGUGCCAAAUCCUUGUUACAGCCUCGAAGGCUGACUUACCCUCCAAAUAUGGCGAUUGCUGCAAUGGUGGACGCGUAUUCGUGCGAGCUGGAGGGCCUAACAGUGGCGAGGACGCCUUCCUGCAGCCGAGACCUUUUGCGGCUGGAGAUGUUUUGGGGGGGAAGGAUCAUGCCGUUUCCUCCGCAGUUGAGCAGCGUGAUGCAGCUGUCUGCUGCAGCUGCAGCGGCAGCAACUGCUGCAGGGGGCCCCCCGCAGCACGCGGGAGUGGAAGCGGGGGUCAAUGGGGGCCCCCAAGAGACUACGCCCAAACGCCCCCCCCCCCCGCCAGCUGCUGCAGGCUCGACAGCAGCCUCAGCCUCGCGUGCAGUGCAACACUCCCAGAAAAACGCAAGGAAGCAAGAAGCCUCCGCGGCUGGCGCCGCUGAAGCUGCCCACCAGAAACAUGAAGCCUACGCCAACCGAAAGAAAAGAUCGUGCAGUGCUUACCUUGUGCCCCCUAUAAAAAGCAGUGCUCUGUCUCUAAGAAUUGUUGACGUCAUUCAAGAGGAGAUUGCAGUCUCUAUAUCCCAACACGACAUUGUGCUGCUUACGAACAUAGCCGCGGAGGCGUUGGAUAUCUUUUACUCGUAUUCGUCCCGCCUGGGUGCCAUUCUGCGCGACGCAGCUCAACAGCAGGAGGCUCUGGAUGCUUGCAUCUUGCAGCAGAUGGAAGCCAAGUGCGUAGAGCUCGAGCAGCAGCAGCAGCAGCUGCUGCGACAGCAGCAGCAGCAGCUGCUGCUGCUGCAGGAAGGGGAGUUGGAGGCGAGCAAGGGUGCUCCUCCCCAGGCAGACGAAGAGUCUUGGGUGUCUUCGGGAGCAGCUGCUCCCGGGGUGGAUCACACAGCUGCCCUCAUUGGCACGCAGCUUGCUCUCAGCAGAGUUCGUGCUCAGGAGGCUUUGGUGUCUGCCUCGCACACCCUAGUCAAUAGCAGGCAAGGCAGUAUGUCUGUAGAGGUUCACUGCGUCCUCGCAGGCAUGCGGCUGUCUCUGCUUCGACGGGGUCCUACAGUGAGUCGCAAGGAGAGCUCCAGAGAAGACGCUUUCGCCGCAGGAGGCGAUUCCAACGAAGACGCCGAUUCGAGCCAUCCUGCUGCUGCUGCUGCACCUGCAGCAGUUUCGGCUCGCAACGGCGCAACAGCCGCCUCGGCAGUGGACGGGCUUGUGGCUCAGCAGGGAGCAGCGGCUUCUUUGAUUGCGGGAGAGGGGCAGUUCGAGGGGGGAAGUGGCGCAGGAAUGUCUACGCACUGGGCACCUCAGUCGCUACAAGGGGGGCAAGGAUUGGCAGGGGGGGGCGGAUGGCUUGCCGCGUGUCUCCCCCUGACUGAGCCUUGCGCAGGUGGCACGUACAGACCUUAUCAGACAGUGGGUCCUCUGGUGUCUGUACUGCUGGGGCAGUGUUUCAUCGAGGCGAUUACGGCGACGGACGGGCGUGCGCAGCUGUACAUGGCGUUGCAGGGUGUCGAGCUGCGCGACGACACGAACAUUGCGCCUCUGUGUCUGUCUUCGCUCUACUUGGGAUCGGGUGCCUUGCAGCCCCACGAUCCCCAGUCCUCGGACGUGGGGUGUCUUGCUCCCGGAGAGCCUUGCGAGGGGAGCGGAGGAAAGAAGCCUCCCGUCUGCUCGCCAGCCGUCGGAGAGGCUUCCCAGCGAGGAAGGGGAGGCGCUCCGGCGCCGGCUGCGGCGGCGGCAUCCCGCUCCCCCCUGCAGGGGGGGAGCGGGAUGCCUACGCAGCGCAGAGGCAGUGCGGUUGAGCAGCACCUGGCAGACAUUCAGCUCGUGCAUGCGGAGCACAGGCGCUCCACUACGCGUCUCAACCGCGCGCGAUCCUCGGUGGUGGUGCUCGAGGCGAAAGCCAUGAGUCCGUCUGCGAAUGGCAGCGACGCAGCAGCAUGCCUUGUCUUACAGUGCCGCCCGCGAGUGCCGCAUCUCGAGCUCCACCUUCGCGGCAACGCCGUCGAGGAGACAGUCGACAGCGCAGUCUCCAUUUCCAAAGUUCGCCUGGUUCUCAUCUGGGAGGUCCUCCACGAGUUGCUGCAAGUGGCUAGCCAGCUAGCUGAGGAGCUCCCCGCCUUCCAGCCGCCUCCCCCCCCCGCACCGCUGCCUUCAUCGCCGCCUUCCCCGAUAGACUUGGCAACGGGCACGCAGCAGCAGCAGCAGCGGCGGCAGUCUGUCUUGAAGCAGGAGGAGGACCAGCUCGACGCAAUAGUCAGGCGACUGCUGCUGGCGCGGAGUCAGUAUGUCUCGGAGAUACAGCGAAGCAAAACUCCAAGCCUCCCAACAACAGACAGCCGCUUAGACAGCCAACGUCUGGAUGUCGGUGAACAAAGAGUCUCCUCGACGUCUUCCGCUGGAUUUCACUCCAGUUCGAGCUCUACGGCGAGGCUCGCAAGCGGCGGCACUUUGGAGGAGUGCAAGGAGCUCGUAUCAGAGGAUGGGAAUAAGGAGGACGCACAGCAGCAGCAAACGCAGCAGCAGCAAACGCAGCACUUUGUGGAAUCGCCUGGUGCAGUGCCGCAGUGGGCCCUUACGGAGGGCGGUGCUGCUGGAGUGUCUCGCAUAUUUGAUGAGAAGCGGCUUCUUCGAGCCAUAGAGGCUACCCGUUUCGGCAGUUCGGAGGAAGCUGCGCAAGCCUUGCUGGGAGUUCAGGGAGUGGCGCAGACGAAUGCCUCGUGCGUGGAGUCUCCCGUCUGCAUGCCAAGCGGUGCUUCUCCGUGGGAGCUUCCGAAUAACGUCUUUUCUCGGGGAGAGAGCGUGAGGGCAGUGGGGUGUGGAGGCGGUCCAGAGGCCUUUAGCAGGAGCAACAAGCUGCCAAGACUGCAUCUGCUGAUUUGCAUGCAGCAGGCAGAAGUGUGGCUCCCCGCGGAGCCAGUGCGGAUGCCAGUAGCAGCCGAGUCGGGAGACGCGCAAGGCUCGACGACGAGCGCAGGCAAGCGAGGCUUUGUGGGGGCGAGCGCUUUGGGAGCGGGCGUUCUGCCCGGAGGAGGAGCGGGAGCUCUCGGGAAGAAGGGCCGAAAUCUCCUGAACCGUCUGCGGUUCGAUCACGUAGGCUCGACGGAGAGCAAGGGGCCGUCUCCCCCGGAUGCUGCCGCUGCCUCUGCCGCUGCUCUCUCUGUGGGCAGGCGGCGAAAGGGGGAGGUAUCCGUGCUGCAGCAGCUGCAGUCGCAGCAGCAGCAGCAGCACCACCAUCUCCAGCACUUGCUGCCGGAGAGCCUCGCGGCGGCGUCUGGUGGUGGGUUCGUGUCGGGAUUAGCCUCUGCUGCGGCAGGCGUUUCGAGUGCAGCGUCUAAAAGCCGCACCAAAGCCUUCUCGGGGGGAGGGCGCAGCAACACGACGGCAACGCUGCAGUCGCAGCAGCAGUCGCAGCAGCCUUCGCACUACCAGAGCAGUGCGAGUCUGGGCAGACGAGGGGGGGCGAGCCGACUGCAAAGGCUCGCAGCGGCUGACUACUGGAGAGGACUUCGACGGCUGAUCGUAAAACAGCACAGAGAAAGCUCAGAGGGAGCUGCAGCAAUUGCCUUGUGCGCCUCCCGCGUGCCGAAGCUCAUCGCGCUGCAUGCGGGGCUGGAGAUGAAUUUCGCAUACUUCUCGCUGAGGCGCCAGCGAAAUCAGCCGCCAAACGAGCCGCCAAACGAGCCGCCAAACGAGCGGCAAAAGCUUCGGCAGCAGCUGGACUGUUUCAAGACACAGGAGGAGGAGGAAGCGGAAGAGGCGAUCGCAGCUUUAGAGCCAGCACGUCUGUUGGAACGGAGCGGAGGGGGCCCCUUGCGAGCGGUUCUGCCGUACUGCCCGUUUCUCGUGCGCUGGGGGAUGUGUGUCUCCAACUUGUGCGCAGUGACAGUGCAGCCCGAGCUGCUGUCUCCCCUGCUGCCUUGUGCGAUAGCGUGGCAAACGCUGCGUCUCAGCAACCCCUUGCUGGCUCCCACGCGGCUGCAGCUGCGUUCUACGCUGUGCGUUCCUUCUCCCUCCACCUUGUGCGAGCGCAUGCUGGGUGUCAGUCCAGAGGCGUCUGCAUGCAUUCGCAUGCGGCACGGCUUUGUGAAGCCCCCUGAGCCAGAAGGCUUCGCGCUCUCUCUGCGGGCGGAGCCGAUUCUGCUGACACUGGAUACGCUUUCUGUGAUCCUGGUGUAUCAGCUGCUGGCGAUCUCGGGAGCUCUCGCGGAGGCAGUGUCGACGCUGUUUCCCUCGCCAGGCAGAACGCAGCAAGACGACUCGAGAGGCGUUGGGGGGGGCGAGAUGUCGGAUACCAUGACGAGCGCCACCAAGUCGCUCAACGCGGCAGCCGUGGCGAGCCAUCGACAGCAGAGCGGAUCGACGGCGAUUCUUGCGGGGGGGGGGUUCGAUCCUUACGGUGCCGCCGUCUUGGGACCGCCUUUGGGAGAGGAGAGCGCGGCGACUCACCGAGGCACCUCUCUGGCUGGGCUUCCCAAUCUCGUGCUCGAGAGCUUCAUUGCCGAGCAGCGCGAGCAGGAGGAGCAGCGGCAGCAGCUGCAGCAGCAGCGGGAGCAGCAGCUGCUGCCGCCGCAGCAGCAACAGAGGCGUCGGCGGAGCUCCCCGCCAGGCGACAGACGGUGGGGGGGGGGGCACACUGCCUGCCAGGCUGCGUCGCAGAAGAGGCCUCUUCUCGGCAACAUUCGCGAAGAAGAGCUCGAGCGAAGCCUCCAGCUCGGAGGACGGGAGGCGCUGGAAGGGCUGCUGCAUUCAGUGGCGUUCGCAGUCGAGGCUUCCACAGAGCUUAUCAGGCUGUCGCUGUGGGAUACCUUCAGCGUCAGCAGCAAGUGCUGUUUUUCGCUGACUCUGGAGGAUGCCGAGCUGAAGGGGGCUUCGCAGCCGCGCUGCACGGAGGCGUUUUUUCCCGAUGCGAACGCCACGACUUUGGCCGCAUGCGGCGAUCCUCUGGUGGUUGCUUGCUGCUCCACUCUGCAGCAGGAGGAACUCAUGGCGAGACACCAGAGACUCAGACGCCGUUACAAGAGACUGCGCAUGCCGGUUAAGGACCGCUUCCCGAGAAACGGCUCGCACAAUAGGGGCCCUCCCUAUGCGGGAGCCUCGAGGAUCUCGAGGAAGAACCUUUCCGAGGGCGUUGUUUCGCAUGCCGAAAACCCGCUUUUCCACGCGGCUGCCAGUCGACGCGAGCGUCGCCAGAGGGAGAGGCGACAAGUGCAGCAGCAAGCACAGCAGCUGCAGGAGGGCGAGGAGGCCCUUAUGUUUCCCUCCUUUGCCUCGCGGAUCUUGAAGGAUGGCUCGACGAGCCGUCGAGAGGCCACUGCGUCUUUUGCCAAGAGCCGCAGACGGAGGCAUCCCCUGAGGAGAAGCGCGACGUCGGCGCUGGCGGCGUCGGGAGAAGAGGGGGGGGGCGGCGCGCAGAGCAGCUUGAGUCUUCAGGGAUUGCCGUGGACGGAGGCUCGGAAGGAGGAUACCUGCAGCGACUUGGCCUCCGUGUGGGCGAAGGGGGAUGUUUGCUGGCACAUUUGGCAGGAUUUCGAGUCGCAAAAGCAGCAGCAGAUGCUGCAGCGGCACAGCUCGACUGUGGGAGCGCGUCUGCGUCUGCGCCUCCCCAAAGCCUUCCGUCGGUGGGUUGUGUCUCAGUAUAGGGGCCCCGGAGGGGGCGGGGGCCCCCCGGCUCUGGGGGCCUCCGCGUCGUACGGGGGGGGGGGCCCCCAGGGGCCCCCCAAGACGCGGGAGUCGGCCGAGGAGGGCGUCGACGAGGAGCGUUUGCGGUGUCUCACGUUGACGUCGGAGCCGUGGGGUCGCGUGUUUGCGACUUUCGUGGUGUCUGCGGAGCAUCUGAACCGCUUGGAAGGCGCAGCAGACGCGACUGUCGAGCCGUGGCACGUCGAAGUCGUCGGCAGGAAGGCGUGUCUCUCUGCGCCCACCUUGCUGGACGUGAGCGCCUCCUGGCUCAACCUGAACAUCAACGUGGCUCUGGUAGACGCGCUGCUGGUGUACGUGUAUGCGCUCAUUGGAGUCGUCGUGAAUCAGAGGGCGCUCCUGCUCCCGAACGAGCGCCGACUAAGACCUAAGCCCCCUCCGCCGCUCUGCGCUCAUGCAGCCGCUUCCGCCCACAAGGAAGUCUUCGCAGCCGUGCGUCCAGGGGGGGGUGGAGGGGCCCCCCUGGCUCCUACGGAGGCAGGCGGCACCGCCGACGCGCGAGCCACGCAGCAGCAGCUGCUGCUGCUGCAGCAGCAAGGGGUCUGCGGCUCUGAAUGCAGCGAGCUGUCGCAGCUGCUUGGCUUGAUGGCUGCUGCCGCAGCAGCUGAACUCCCCGGAUACUACGCAGUGCUACGACCUGACGGAACGGUGCUUGGCAGCAGCGGAUUCGAUUUGUUUUCUGCCCUUGAAGACGCACUCUCGCUCGAGUUUCUAGGGGACCAUCUGCUGCAGCACUCCUCGCUGCACAUGUCGCCUUCAGCUGAGUUCGCAGGGGAUCAACUUAAGGACCAGCAGCAACAGCAGCAACAGCAACAGCAGCAGCAGCAGCAGCAGCAGCGCCAGCAAAACGCGCCGCAGUACGUACAGCCGCCGGCAACAGAUGCACUCAGUGGAGUCGGAGACAGGGAUGGCGUGAGGCCAGCACAACAGCAGCUGCAGCAGCUGCAGCAGCUGCAGCAGCUGCAGCAGCAACCUGUAGCUGCUGCUACUUCGUGGGCAGGGGAUCAGGGAGGCUCACCCUCCUCAGCACCAGACGCUGCUCCCGAGAACGACUUAAACGGCUCCAAUCCGCUUUUUUACAACCUUCUUGGGCAGCCGAUUGCAAUCAUGACAGGUCUGCACUGCGAAGACGGUGCCGAUGUUUUGAGUGGCAAGUGGCACAUUGUGAAGGACGAGACGUCUUUUUCUUUGCCUUUGGACGAGAACGGGAGGGUGUUGCCCUUUCUGGUUCGUCUUCGGCUUUUGAAUUACGUGUACGACUUGCCCUCGAGGAUUUUCUGUUUUACGGCGGAGACGCGCGAGGUGCUCCGAUUGUCAGUGCCUGAGCAGCCGCUCCCGCCUGCGAUUCACUUGCAGCACGAGAACGGUGCGGAGGCGGGAGACGACGAAGCCUCGGAUGUGUCGAGGCGGAAGCGACAGUUUCGUGCGGCUUCCGCGAGGCGCUCAGCUGCCAGCAGCAGUCCUCCCGGCGGAGGAAACUCUGGCUUCGACAAGCCUCGGGGGCGAUUCGGCAGUGCGCGGAGAAAAGAGCCUCGGGAGGGGGCGGAGGGGGUUCUCGCUGCGAAGAGGGCUCGUCGGAGGGGCUGGUUCUUUCCCUCUGCGCUGCCUCGACCGCGUUCUUCGGUGUAUCUGAUGUGGAGAACCUCCGCCUUCGCCUCGACAAGCGGCAGCCCUAGACACGACAUUUUUCUCUCUUCCUGCGUCUCGAUUCGAAACAACACGGAGAUGUCUCUGGCGAUCCUCCCUACCGUGCCUGGACCGACCGACGAGCGAACCUCCGUGUUCGCUGCUUUUCGGAAAAAGUUUUUGAUCCAGCCGUCGAAGCCGCCUACCAGCUCGAUGCCGCCUUUCGCGCGCGUGCUGGAGGCGUUCAGACACCAGGACAGACGCAGCAAGAAGCGGCAGCAAAUGCAGCAGCAGACGCAGCAAAUGCAGCAAGUGCACCACCACCAGCAGCAGCUGCUGCUGCGGACCUUUCCGCCCGUGCUGAAGCUCCCCGCCAUGGAGCACUACAUUGUCGAAGAUCUCACAAGCACGGAUAUUGGGCGAAAAUUCUCGAUGGUGGCAGAAAAUCCUUCCUCCGACGAGGAGACAGCAGAGGCGACAGCACCAACGGGAAAGGCAGCCACAGGAGCAGGCGCAGCAAGCGGACUCGCGGCAGCUGUAGCUACGGCAGCGGCAGCCGUAGCUGCCGCUGCCGUAGCUACAACAGCUGCUGCCGGUGGCACUGGCAUCGGAGGCGGAACUGGUGGCGCCUCCUCAGCUCAGGGGGGGGGGGGAGGGAGGGUGAAGUUCGCGACGAUGGAAGGCGUGACUGAGGAUGAAAUGCAGCAAGACAGAAGGACGCCUUUUGGGGAGCACGCUCAUCAGAUGCUGCAGGAAGACGAUGCCUCAAACAGCGAGCAGCCACUGCUGCUAGAAGAGGCUCCACUGCUGCGACUGGUCGGUGAAAGCACUACUACUACUGCGGCGGGAGCAGCGGCGGCGGCAGGAGGGGUGGGGAAACAGAAUUUUCUCAAGAAUGGCGACGCUCCGACGAAGGCGCCGCUUCUCAGCGACUCCUCCCGCGAAGGCUUGGAGGCAAGAGAUGCAGACGAGGAGAGAAUGCACAAGAAAGCGCUGCGAGGCGACCCCUCAACGUCUCUUCGAAACACGCCUGCUCUCACAGACCCCCCCCUUAUCGCAUUCUCCACGGAGCACCCGCGUCUGCUUUCUCCUCGAGAGCACCUGCCUCGUGCGGUGAAAGCUAGAAAUCGAAAGCGUAGACACAGACGCAGAUCCUAUGCUCACCCCACACGCAGCACAAAAAAGCCUUCGCAGAAUCGGCAGGAGCACCCCCAGGAGAAGCUGCCCUUGCUCCUUGGCGUGGAUUACAUGCUGCUGGAUGCCAAGGAGAGACGACUGCUGCCAGUGCCUCUCUUUUGGCAACUCACCGAAAAUACACCCCUCUGGUGUUGCCUUGCCGAACACCUCCCCAAGUAUACGCAUAAACUGAGACGCUUCGUGCUAAAUCCGAAAAAAGCCGACUUUCUAGCCGAUGAAAAAUCUCAGAGAGCUAUUACGGGGGGGCUUCUCGCGAAAUACCGACUCAAAAGAUCGUCUAUCCCGCCUAAACAAAUCCAUCUCGACAAUGGGAUUGCCCUCUCCGCAUCCAUUGUCGGAGUUGCUCUCAGGAAUACCGGGAUAGCCCGUUCGAACGUUGAUGGCCUCUUCUUUGAAGUUGUGCUGGAGCACUGCCUUUGCGUGUGUAAUCGUUUGCCGCGCACAAUCACCCUGCGAUUCUCUCCAAGAGACUGCGGGGGACUGUCUCAGCAGCAACGGCAGCAGCACCAACAGCACCAGUUGCUGACAUUCACCGACUCCUUCAUUCCGCAGCCACCAACCGAGGUGCAGAUUGAAGCUGGCGAGGAAGUGUUUCUUCCCGCCGAUCCGUCUCGCGUCACAUUCUGCUUUGGUCCCAGAGCAUCCCGACCUGUGGAAAUUGAUUUCCUGCAGCCGGGUACUGCAGUGCAGCGGGUGACUAUGGAGCCGUACAGUGGAGACGCCUCUUUUCUCAGUGGAGCUGCAUAUCGCAGCUCAGCUAGCCAAGUCGCCGAGUUGGCUGCGGGGGGGAAGCACCGGUCGGAGGUGUCUGACUCCCUUUCCCUGGAGGGAGACGCAGACGUCAGCCUGCAACGAAAAAGCAUGAUCUGGGAGGAAAGCAAAAGCCUCGAACAAGAGCCAAUGCACGAGCCAGCAAGUCUUCUCCUCUGGGCAGAAGCUACAGAUCACAAAGGUUCCUCCAAAAUAGCAAACUCUGCAACUGCGCAUAGGCUUUACCAUGGGACCUUUGUAAGAACCUUGACUUUGUUUGCAGACUUUUGG